AUGACCGAUCCCGACCCACCACGGCCGUCGCAUCCUUCCCACUCCUCGUCGCUCGACGAGUCGAUCACCGACUCGAACACGCCGAUGGACACCUCUGCGGCGCUGACGGUACCGUCGAGGGGACGGCGAGGAAUCUCUGACCGUGCAGCUGAAGCAGGCGAAGCGGAUGCGGACAUGGAGGUCGACCCGCCUCAUCCUCUUGGCUCCCUCUCUUCCUCAAGGACGAACCCCCUCACGUUCCUCGCCUCGUCAUCGCCCUCGCGUGCACUCUCGCGCAUGUGGGACCGCUUCUCGCCUCCUUCCGUCUCUUCACCCUUCCAUCUCCCACACCCUCCCGCCUUUCCUCCCAGCUUCCUCGCCAGAUCGGGUCCGCCCGCGUCACCCGACCCCACCAUUCCUGCAGAGACAGAUCUCUUCGCGCCGCAACGACAAAUUCGCCCGAUUCUCGAGCAGCAUGACUCGGCGUCUCAGCUGUCGUUCUCGUUGCGGAGAGGAAGCGAAGCGGGAGUUGGCGGCCGCUUGCCCAUGUCGUCGGUGCGAGAAGAGGAGGCAGUGCCUGCGAGUCGUUGGAGGUCGGCGAGCGAGGGAUGGGAGUCGCCGUUCAAACUGCCGAGCAUGCCGUGGAAAGGCAAGGAGAAGGACAACCCGCCUCUGGAGUCGAAUAUCCUCGGCUACGACGACGAAGCAUGCUUUGUGGAUGGGCUGGAGGGCAAAGUCGACUUCCUCGCCUCGCUUCCUUCCGAGAUCUCUCUGCACAUCCUCACCCACCUCGACUUCCGCGACGUCCUGUCCGUCAGCCUCGUUUCGCGUCAAUGGCGCAUCCUCGCCCUCGACCCGCUGCUCUGGCGCGACCUCUUCCACCAGAACCCGCGCUGGCACAUCAAGCCUGAAGCGUAUCGAGCGGCCGCUCAGGCUGCGCAAGCGGCACAGGCUGCAGCUACUGCAGCGAAGGAGGCUGUCACGGCGAGCCAGAAUGGGACUGGCAGCCAGCAGGCUUCAGAUCGUCCGAUUAUGCCGAACCUGAAACGUGCGGCAAGCAGCUUCGGUCGCGCAGGAGCGAAGCGUCUCGUCACGGGCGCAGACAAGGUCUCGCAAGGCGGCGCCGUCAUCGGUCGCAAACUGAGCGAGAUCGUAGGCGACUUUGGCGGACUUUCGCUCGUUCCCGGCAUGGCCAGCGUACCGUCGUCGCGAGUGCAUUCUCGUGCGCCGAGUGAGAACGGAGACGUUGUCAUGGAGCCGAGCCAGACUCGGCCGCCAACACGACCUUCGCCGAAUCGUCGCUCGACUGGAUCGACUCAGCUUCUCAGCCUCUCAACGGCUGGACCGCCGUCUCUUUCAACUCUUCAAACAAACGCAUUCGCAUCGCCUCCUUCCGCAACUUUGUCUCGCAACAACUCGUCGUCCGCCCUCUCCUCCCUCACCUCUGCACUCCCGACCACCAUGACUACCCCUCGACGGAACUCUGCUGCGCCGCCCUCUGUUGCGCCGAACAGUCCCGUCCCUACUUCCAAGCCACGACUGCCUUCCUCGCCGUACUCCAACGCCGCUCGCCCUACCACAGCCGACUUCGACGAGUUGACAGAUCCAGCGGGAGCCGCAUCGCUCUACCUUGACUGGCCGCGCCUCUACCGUGACCGCUGGCUUCUCGAGCGGCGGUGGCAGCGUGGCAAGCCGAGCUGGAGCUGGUUCGAGGGCCACACGGACAGCGUCUACUGCAUCCAGUUCGACGAGCGCAAGAUUAUCUCUGGCUCGCGCGAUCAGACAAUCCGCAUCUGGGACAUCGCCUCAGGUACGACCAUCCACACCCUCACAGGCCAUGAAGGCUCCGUCCUUUGCCUCCAGUACGACUCUUCAAUCCUCGUCACCGGCUCGUCCGACUCGCGCGUCAUCGUCUGGGACCUCGUCGGCGACGAGGCGACAGGGAAGGGGAAGUACGAGCAGAAGAUGACGCUUGUUGGGCAUGCGAUGGGCGUGCUUGACCUUUGCUUCGAUGACAAGUGGAUCGUCAGCUGCUCCAAGGACACGACAACUCGCGUCUGGAACCGCUCGACCGGCGACUUGUACCGCGUCCUACAAGGCCACCGCGGCCCCGUCAACGCUGUCCAGCUUCACGGCGACCACGUCCUGACUGCCUCGGGCGACGCGCUCAUGAAGCUGUGGGACCUUCAUACCGGCCAGACGAUCCGCACCUUUUCCGGUCACUCGCGCGGUCUCGCCUGCGUCCAUUGGGCGCCGAGCGGCUCGCACUUUGUCUCGAGCAGCAACGACAAGACGAUCAAGCUGUGGAACGCCGAGACGGGCGAGUGCGUCCGGACCUUCGUCGGCCAUACGGACCUCGUGCGCGGCUUGGCGUACGACGAGAAAAGCAAGAUGAUCGUCAGUGGAGGAUACGACCGCUCGACGAGGGUGUGGGACGCCGAGACGGGCAGGGAGAUCCACAAGUUCAAGAGUCACGCCAGCCUCGUCUUUGACGUUGCGUUCGACGCGAGCCGGAUCAUCAGCUCUUCGCACGACAAGCGCAUCCUCCUCAUGAACUUUGGCGUCGGCCUCGACGUCGACAAGUUCGCCUAA